CUUAAUAAAAUUCGAAGAGACGUUUUCUCGUCGGUGCUCAUUUAAAUAUACCGCUACCCCUACUUCUGGCGAGUGUGGAAUGGCUAGCUAAUACAUACGCUUGCAAGUGGUAACUGACCUGCACCUCAGGAUACUAUCGUCAUGGCUUCAGCUUCUGUUUCUGUUCUGGCGAUCCUGCUGCUGGGCGUGGCUGCGGUGGCGUCGGCGCAGCUGUCAGCGACGUUCUACGACAUGUCGUGCCCGAGGGCGCUGGCGACGAUCAGGAGCACCGUGGCGGCGGCGGUGAGCAGGGACCCCCGCAUGGGGGCCUCCCUGCUCAGGCUUCACUUCCACGACUGCUUCGUCCAAGGAUGUGAUGCGUCGGUGCUGCUGGCCGACACGGCCAACUUCAGGGGGGAGCAGGGUUCGUUCCCCAACAGGGGCUCGCUCAGGGGCUUCGACGUCGUCGACGGCAUCAAGGCGCAGGUCGAGGCCGUCUGCCCGCGGACAGUCUCCUGCGCCGACAUCCUCGCCGUCGCCGCACGCGACUCCGUCGUCGCCUUAGGAGGGUCGCCCUACACGGUGCUCCUCGGGAGGAGGGACUCCACCACCGCGAGCCUCACUCUGGCCAACAGUGACCUCCCUGCUCCGAGCUCCGACCUCGCCACCCUCAUCGGCAGCUUCUCCAGGAAGGGGCUCAGCACCACCGACAUGGUUGCACUCUCAGGUGCCCACACGAUCGGGCAGGUGCAGUGUGCCAACUUCCGCAGCCGGAUCUACGGCGAGCCCAACCUCAACUCGUCGUACGCGGCGUCGCUCCGGGCCAACUGCUCCCAGUCCGGCGGUGACGGCAACCUCGCGCCGCUGGACGCGACGCCCAACGCGUUUGACAACGCCUACUUCGGCGACCUGCUGGCGCAGCGCGGGCUGCUCCACUCCGACCAGCAGCUCUUCAACGGCGGCUCGACCGACGCGCUCGUCCGCGCCUACGCGUCCAGCGCCGCGCAGUUUGGCUCCGACUUCGCCGCGGCCAUGGUGCGCAUGGGCAGCAUCGGCGUGCUCACGGGAAAUCAGGGUGAGAUCAGGCUCAGCUGCUCCAAGGUGAACUGAAAGCCCAGGUGAAUGGAAGUACUGAUGAACACGCGCAGUUGUCAAGUUGGGUUAAUACUGUUCAGUAGUUCAAUAAGACUACAAGGUGAAGCUUACAUAUACUCUGUCAUUGUUGCUUUUAUUGGUUCGUGAAGUGGCAUUCUGUGCAUGAAAUAAGUGUGGGAAAUAAUAGCAUUUUCUGUUUUAAUUUAA